GAACCCGAACCCCCCUCGGGCCCCGCCCCCGAGACCGAGAUCCCAGCCCGCCCGCCGCGCCGGCGAAGUCCGCGGCCCUCCCCUCUGGCCCGCGCCGCGAACCCGGCGGUGUCCCCCCUCCCUGCGCGCCCGGACCGCGGCGGCGCGGCGUGGGGCGCCGCGCCAUGGGGUCGGUGUCGCUGAACGUGGCGUCCUCCCGGCGCGGCGGGCGGCGCGGCCUGGCGUGCCUCUGCUCGCCCGCGCUGCUCAACCUCUUCGUGCUCCUCUCCCUCCUCUCCACCAACCUCCUCGCGCUCCUCGCCUUCCUCUCCCCCCGCGCCCGCGGCCCCGUCCCCGUCCCCGUCCCCGCCACCGCCGACCGCUCCGCCUCCUCAUCCUCCGCCAUCUCCGCGCAGGUGGCCGCCAUCGCGCGGGAGAUCGACGCCACCCGCCUCGUCCCGCACCGCGCCGCCCUGCCGCCGGAGCUGCUCCUCUUCCUCUCCCCGCACGCGCUCCCGCUGGGCCGCGACGCGCGCACGGGGCUCACCCACAUGCCGGCCUCCGUCGCGCACACCUGCUUCCGCUCCCCGCCCACGCUCGCGCUCCUGUCGGCGUUCGCGUCGUACGAGCCGCGCGCCGCGUGCCCGCGCAACGCCACCCUCCCGCCCCGCCUCCUCUACAAGGGAUGCGAGCCGCUGCCCCGGCGCCGGUGCCUCUCCCGGGGUCCCCGCGCGCCGCUCCCGUCCUCCAACAUGGGCGUGGACAGCCGGCGCUGGGUGAAGCCGCGCCACGACCACGAGUUCCUCAUCGACGACGUCCUGCGGCUCGCCGCCGCCGCCUCCACCAAGAUCCGGAUCGGCUUCGACGUCGCCGGCGGCGCCGCCAACUUCGCCGCCCGGAUGAGGGAGCGCGGGGUGACCGUCGUCACCACGGUGCUCGACAACGCCGGGAAGCCCAUGAACGAGUUCGUGGCCGCGAGGGGCCUGUUCCCGCUGCUGCUCUCGCCGGCGCACCGCUUCCCGUUCUACGACGGGGUGUUUGACCUCGUGCACGUCGGGACCGCCGCGCUGGACGAAGGCGGGGCGCCGGCGCUGGGGCAGGCGGGGACGGGGGAGGCGCUGGAAUUCCUCAUGUUCGAUGUCGACCGGGUGCUGCGCGCCGGUGGGCUGCUCUGGAUUGACAGCUACAUGUGCCACAGCGAGGAGCGGAGGCAGGUGGUUGUGAGGCUAAUUCGAAGGUUUGGCUACAAGAAGCUCAAGUGGGUAGCAUGGGAGAAGGCCGGCACGGGGAGCUCAAAGACGGCAAUGUACAUCUCUGCGGUUUUGCAGAAGCCGGGCAGGGGUUGAAAUCGAAUGGAUGGCUUGUUUUCUUCAUGAUCUGAUCUGAGGUAUGAAUGUACCAUUUCCUUUUAAUGAAAUACCUUCUGAUUGUUCAUCAGCUCAGGCACGUUCGCCAAAAAAGGUAUGAAUGUACCUUCUGAUCGUUCAUCAGUUCAGGGGAUUUGACUUGAGAAAUGCAUGCUGAAUAGAUACCACGGAUUUUAGGUUGAUUGUAUUGUUUGGUCAGAUAGUAACAAUUGUUCAUCUUUUGUUACCAUGUAAUGUAAUAGUCUGCUGUUUGGUGGGAAACAUAUGAGGUACGAUUUGGUGCUCAACUGGGGGACUGCAAAGUAGUCCCUUGAUGUGUAUUUCGCAUUCCAGGCAGAAAAGUUGUUUGUCUGUCUGAA